AUGGACGAGAACGAGGUGGAGAGCAGUAGCGACGCGACCCCCGGGCCUGGCCUGCCCGAGGAGCCCUCCGAGAGCGGCCUGGGCGUGGGCACUUCGGAAGCUGUGUCGGCCGACAGCAGCGACGCCGCAGCCGCCCCGGCCCCGGCCCCGGUAGAGGCCGACGAGUCCUUCGUGGGGCAAAGCUCGGACCGAGGCAGGAGCACGGUGGAGGAGGUGUCUGAGAGCAGCUCGAGCACGGACCCCCUGCCCCAUGGCUACCUCCCAGAUUCGUCUUCUGUAUCCCGCGGGCCAGUAGUGGGGGUGACAGGUGGCACGCCAGCCCUGGUGCACUCCAACGUGCUCCCAGACCCAACGAUGCUGGUAUCCGACUGCACGGCGUCUUCCUCCGACCUGGGCUCGGCCAUUGACAAGAUCAUCGAGUCCACCAUCGGGCCCGAACUCAUCCAGAGCUGCAUCACUGUGACCAGUGCUGAGGGCGGAGCAGCCGAGACCACACGCUUCCUGAUCCUGCAAGGUCCAGACGAUGGAGCCCCCCUGGCAUCGCCGAUGUCCAGUUCCGCCCUGGCCCAUAGCCUGGCAGCCAUCGAGUCCCUGGCUGACGGCCCCACAUCCACAUCCACGUGCCUGGAACUGCGCGGGGGUCCCAGCUCACCGAUGGCACAGCCACCUCCAGGCCCCGAGGCUGAGGAACCAGACCUGCAGAGCCUGGAGGCCAUGAUGGAGGUGGUGGUGGUGCAGCAGUUCAAGUGCAAGAUGUGCCAAUACCGGAGCAACACCAAGGCCACGCUGCUGAGGCACAUGCGGGAACGGCACUUCCGCCCAGCCGCAGUAACAGCUGUGGCAGCCGGUAAGAAAGGACGUCCGAGGAAAUGGGGUGCUUCAACCAAGGCCCAGGAGGAGGAAGGGCACGAGGAGGAGGAGGAGGAUGACAUCGUAGAUGCUGGUGCCAUCGAUGACCUGGAAGAGGACAGUGACUACAAUCCGGCGGAGGAUGAGCCCCGGGGCCGGCAGUUGCGACCCCAGCGCCCCAUGCCCAGUACUCCAAGACCGCGGAGGAGACCCGGCCGGCCUCGGAAGCUGCCUCGCCUGGAGACCUCAGACCUUCCAGAUGGUCUGGAAGGAAAGGCUCUAGUGAGUUCCCAGAGUGGACAGAACCCCUCGGAGCCACAGGACCCAGAGGCUCCCAGCUCCUCUGGCCCAGGACACCUCACCACCCUGGGCAGGGCAGGGAGGGCCCUCGUGGAACCAGCUGUGAGCCAGUCUGAUGCAGAAAACACAGCCCCCUCCAGCCAGGAUGAACCUGACGCCCUGCCCCGACGCCGAGGCCGGCCCUCCCGACGCUUCCUUGGCAAGAAAUAUCGCAAGUACUAUUACAAGUCGCCCAAGCCCCUGCUGAGGCCGUUCCUGUGCCGCCUCUGCGGCUCCCGCUUCCUGACCCACGAGGACCUGCGCUUCCACGUUAACUCCCACGAGGCGAGUGACCCCCAGUUCUUCAAGUGUCUGCAGUGCAGCUACCGCUCCCACCGCUGGUCAUCCCUGAAGGAACACAUGUUCAACCACGUGGGCAGUAAACCCUACAAGUGUGACGAGUGCAGCUACACAAGCGUCUACCGGAAGGACGUCAUCAGGCACGCCGCCGUGCACAGCCGAGACCGGAAGAAGAGGCCCGAUCCGACCCCGAAGCUGAGCUCUUUUCCCUGCCCCGUGUGUGGCCGUGUGUACCCGAUGCAGAAGAGGCUCACACAGCACCUGAAGACACACAGCACUGAGAAGCCCCACAUGUGUGACAAGUGCGGGAAGUCCUUUAAGAAGCGCUACACCUUCAAGAUGCACCUGCUCACACACAUCCAGGCUGUUGCCAACCGCAGGUUCAAGUGCGAGUUUUGUGAGUUUGUCUGCGAAGACAAGAAGGCACUGCUGAACCACCAGCUGUCCCACGUCAGUGACAAGCCCUUCAAAUGCAGCUUCUGUCCCUACCGCACCUUCCGGGAGGACUUCCUGCUGUCCCAUGUGGCCGUCAAGCACACAGGGGCCAAACCCUUCGCCUGUGACUACUGCCACUUCAGCACGCGCCACAAGAAGAACCUGCGUCUGCACGUUCGGUGCCGCCAUGCGAGCAGCUUCGAGGAGUGGGCGCGGCGCCACCCCGAGGAGCCCCCUUCCCGCCGUCGCCCCUUCUUCUCUCUGCAGCAGAUUGAGGAGCUGAAGCAGCAGCAGCAGCAGCACAACGCAGCCCCCGCGCCCCCGUUCAGCCCCUCACACCCUCCCGGGGUCACCCCAGACGCAGCACCUUUCCAGUCAGCUGGGACCCCGUUACUUUGUCCUGAAACUCUAAGUGGUGCCACCAUCAUCUACCAACAGGGAGCUGAGGAGUCCACUGCAAUAGCCACCCAGACGGCCUUGGAUCUGCUGCUUAACAUGAGCACCCAGCGGGAGCUGGGAGGCACCGCCCUGCAGGUGGCUGUGGUCAAGUCCGAUGAAGCAGAAUUAGCAUCUUCUGGCGAGCAGCCCUCCCCAGCAGGGGCCGCUCCACAGCUGGUCACCCUUCACGUGGCAGAGCCAGGGGGCAGCGUGGCAGCUGAGAGCCAGCUGGGCCCGCCUGACCUGCAGCAGAUCACCCUGGCGCCUGGGCCGUUUGGCGGAGCGGGCUACAGUGUCAUCACAGCACCACCUAUGGAGGAGGGGAUAUCAGCUCCUGGCACACCUUACAGUGCGGAGCCCCCCGGGGAGGCGGCCCAGGCCAUGGUGGUGAGCGAGGCCCUGAAGGAGACUGGCACCCACUACAUCAUGGCUGCUGACGGCACCCAGCUGCACCACAUCGAGUUGACUGCCGAUGGCUCCAUCUCCUUCCCGGGUCCCGAAGCCUUGGCCUCAGGCACCAAGUGGCCCCUGCUGCAAUGUGGGGGGCUGCCUAGAGACGGCCCUGAACCCCCAUCUCCAGUCAGGACUCAGCAAGGCGGGGACCUCCAGGCCUCUGCCUCUCCCCCUCCGGCAGCUGGGAAAGCCCGGGGCCUGGUCGCGCCCCCAUCCUCACCAUCUGCAGCAUCGAAGAAGUUUUCCUGCAAGAUCUGUGCUGAGGCCUUCCCAGGCCGGGCCGAGAUGGAGAGCCACAAGCGGGCCCAUGCCGGGCCCAGUGCCUUCAAGUGCCCCGACUGCUCGUUCAGUGCCCGCCACUGGCCAGAGGUCCGGGCCCACAUGGCGCAGCACUCGAGCCUGCGGCCCCACCAGUGCACCCAGUGCAGCUUCGCCUCCAAGAACAAGAAAGACCUGCGGCGUCACGUGCUGACCCACACCAAUGAGAAGCCCUUCGAGUGUCACCUCUGCGGGCAGCGCUUCAACCGGAACGGGCACCUCAAGUUUCACAUCCAGCGGCUGCACAGUCCUGACGGGAGGAAGCUGGCGGCGGCCCCAGCCCAGACCCCCACCCAGACCAUCAUCCUCAACAGUGACGAGGAGACACUGGCCACUCUGCACACAGCCCUCCAGUCUGGUCAUGGAGUCCUGGGCCCGGAGCGACUGCAGCAGGCCCUGGGCCAGGAGCACAUCAUCGUGGCCCAGGAGCAGACGGUCAGCAACCAGGAGGAAGCCUAUAUCCAGGAGAUUACUACAGCAGACGGCCAGACAGUCCAGCAGCUGGUGACGUCUGAUAACCAGGUACAGUACAUCAUCUCCCCAGACGGAGUCCAGCACUUGCUCCCCCAGGAAUACGUUGUGGUCCCUGAAGGCCAUCACAUCCAGCUACAGGAAGGCCAGAUCACACACAUCCAGUAUGAACAGGGAACCCCGUUCCUGCAGGAAUCCCAGAUCCAGUACGUGCCCGUGUCUGCAGGCCAGCAGCUUGUCACACAGGCUCAGCUGGAGGCUGCAGCACAUUCAGCUGUCUCAGCGGUGGCUGAUGCCGCCAUGGCCCAGGCCCAGGGCCUGUUCCCCGAGGAGCCAGUGCCAGGGCACAUCCAAGAGCUGCAGCACCAGGGCAUCGAGUACGACGUCAUCACCAUCAACGACGAUGACUGA